AUGUUGUCCAUUCCGCGUUGUCAUUCAGCGUUUGAGACCAGCCCGGCCCACUGCGGGGCUGAGUUCGGCUAUGGCCGCCCUGUGGCCGACAACAAUACUGACACGGGUGAGCCAAAAACGAAGGGACGUUCAUGGCCACAUGUGCCAUAUGUGUCUGUCUGUUGGUCCGUAUUCAGUGCCUGGUGCGUUUGAGUCGGUCCCUGAGUCCAACAUGGCUCACUUUGACGACUCGGAUGCCCCCGGUAUGACGAGAGGGGAGAACGUUCAUCCAGGUUUACACAUGGACUCACAGAUACUUUCACUUGUGUGUGUGCGUCCUCCGCAGCAGCAGCGGCUCCCGCCCCUGCCAUCGCCCAGGGCGAGCCUGCCGGCGUCAAUGACGAGGAGGGCGAUAAUGACGGCGAGGUGGUGGUGCCGGAGGAUGGCGUGGUUAACGAUGGUGAGCAACCGAACAAGGGCAUUUAUCCAUCAUAAUGGACGUGUGUGAACGCAUUUGUCUCUCCCUUGGUAAACUGCAGGCGCCCAGCCCGCCGUCAUUGACCCGCCGCCCGCCCAGCUGCCCCCGCCCCUUGUCGUGGUUGAGAGGGCCAUCCAGACUGAUGGCAUCAUUCUCCAGACGACCAUGCGCCAGCAGUAGGGAGGGAGAGAGAGACACAGACGACUGACGAACCAGACGCACACCGGCAUUCACACAUGUAUGUCGCUGUGGUCCUUUCUCAUAUGCAGCGUAUCGGAACGGGCCUGGUAUAUGUGGGAGGCCGACCAUGCGUCGAGCGCGGUAGACAACUGGGCCGUGGUAAGUGAGCCAACAGAGAAGAAAUGGCAGGGUGCAUAUACAUGGGCAUGGGAUUCUCCAUCUGUGUGUGUCGUUGCUGUGUUCCUUGGUUCAGGCUGCUGCCAUCGAGAUGGAGCAGUCAUACUUUAUCCUCCAUCUCUAAUCAGGAUGCUGGAUAACGUAGUGCAUGGCGUGGAGGGAGGUGCCAUGUAUCUUGUACAGGUUGGUUGGCUGGCUGCCGUGCUCGAUUUGUGGUGGUGGAUACGUGUGAUUUGAGAGCCUUUGACGCUUUCAUACAGGAAUGGCAAUGACGGAGGACCACACACACCCAUGGAAUGUGUCUGUCGACUCUGUCUGUACGCGCACUGGCAUCCAAGCCAAACACGUACGGGCCCUCAUG